GUUUUAAUGAAAUCAAUAACGAGAAAAUAGCAAUGCCUAUAAUUGAAUCGGUUGCUCAUUGAGUUGAAUAAAGUGAUCAAAUCAUGUUCGAGCUCUCCGUAGGAAUUUCCUUUGCAAUAUUAAUUUCUGGUGUGCAAUGUUUGAUACCUGAUUUUCUGAAGGCUGAUGUCUUCAAUAUCCACAGACAUGCUGCCGUUGAAACUCGCGACUUACUUCACAAGCCUGUUACACCAGAGAAUGUCACGUAUUACUUAUAUACAAGUAAAAAUCCUAAUAAGUUUAUCAAGUUGGAUCCAUCAGAUUUGGAACCCCUAAGGAAUGUCAGCGAUAAAUUAGUAUUUCUAGUUCAUGGUUGGACCAGUAAUAGGGAAACCGCAUGGUAUGAGGAUUUGAAAAAUGCCUUCCUGACGACUCACCCGAAUUAUUCGAUAGUCGAAGUUGAUUGGAGUGAACCAGCAAAUCAAUAUUAUUAUGUUGCUUCAAUCAAUACGUACGAUGUUGCCAAGAUACUUGUGAAUGUAAUACUCGAUCUCAACAAAAACUACAGCGUUAGUUUGGACGAUGUCCUUCUCAUCGGUCACUCACUAGGAGGACAGAUCAUAGGAUUCGUAGGAAAAGACAUAAUAAAGGUAACUGGGAGAAAACUUCCAAGGAUAAUUGCCUUAGACCCCGCAGGACCAUUGUUCGACACAAGACCUGAGGAUAAAAGAUUGAACAAAAAUGAUGCAGAGGUUGUAGAGGUUAUCCAUUCUGAUGGCGGGACUUUCGGUUUUCUACGCGCUUGUGGUACUAUCGAUUUCUUUCCAAAUGGUGGAAAAUCGCAACCUGGAUGUAAGAGGAUCGAUUUGUUGGAUUUGAGGAGUCUUGUGGAUCCGAUUUCUUGUGACCAUCGCAGAGCUGGUGAAUACUUUGUGGAAGCCAUUCUCAACCCAGAUGAACUAUUGGCAACCCGCUGCUCAGGCUGGGAACUGUUGGCAAAGAACCAAUGCGAUGAUGUGAAAGUAAACUUGGGAGAUCUGACCACUAAUGAAACAGGAACGUUCUAUUUUGAAACGAACAAAGAAAGACCGUUUUCCAAGAGGAAACAGAGUGAUGGAAUCAGUUUGAGUAAAGUUUUAUCACUUUUGCAUCAUUGAUUUUGUUCUGAUAAAGUUUAGUUAUCACUAUAUAUAGACUGUAUAUGUGUUGUGCCUCCGAA